AUGCCCCCACUCUCGCUCCUGGAAUUCACAUCCCGCCCUGCACCCCCUUUUUCCGAAGUGCCAAAGUGCCUCUCUCAGCGCCGUGCCUCAGUUUCCCCAUCUGCACAAGGGAUCGGUGCUGUGACCCCCCCUCAGGAGCCCGGGAGGGGGCAUGGGGCGGGGGUGACCCUGCUGUACCUCCUACCUCGUAAGGCGGCGCCUCCAUUCCCCAGCACUCCCUGCGCAGCGCCCGCACCCCUGACCUGUCCCCCCCGUGUCCCCCCCGUGUCUCCCCAGCUGCAGGCGCAGAAGCUGCGGCUGGCCCACAGCCGGGGGCCCUUCUACAGCGGCUCCCUGCCCAACGUCAACCAGAUCGGCACCGGCGUUCCCGAAUUCCAGGGCCCGUCCCCGCUGGACUCCACGCGCAGCACGCGGCACCACGGGCUGGUGGAGCGCGUGCAGCGGGACCCCCGCAGGAUGAUGUCCCCCCUGCGCCGCUACGUCCGGCAGAUCGACAGCUCUCCCUACGGACCCACGUACCUGUCGCCUCCGCCUGAGCCCAGCUGGAGGAGGACCAUGCCCUGGGGCAAUUUCCCCAUGGAAAAAGGACAUUUAUUCCGGCUGCCCUCAGCUCUCAACAGAGGAGGUGGCCCUGGGGACCCCCCUGGGGAGGAGGUGGCCCCCGACUCCCCCUCGGGGCCCCCCGCUGGAGGGGUCCUUGUCCUCCCCUUGUUUCUUUUCCAAGUGCCUCCCAUCGAAGAGAACUUCGAUGACAACAAGCACUCGCUGAAGCCCUGGGACGCCAAGAAGGUGGCCCAGCUCCCACCCUAUUGCCCCCCUGCCUACGGUGUUGUGGGUCCCAUGGGGGCCUGGGGGGAGCCCGGCUCUCGUUCCACGGGGUCUGACAGCGUCAGGGGUCUCGCAGGGGUCUGGGAGGAGCCCACCUCCCACCCCGGUGCCCCUCACGCCCGGUCCCGCUGCCCGGGGUGUGUGUCCGUCCUUCUGUCCGUCUCCAUCGUUGUGGUCGCUCCUCCUCCAUCCCCGCCCAUCCCCCGGGAGCCCCGCCCGGGCCGUCCCGGGGCCGGGGGCCGUGCCGGGGUAACGGUGCUCUCUGUUUUUGUCCCCACAGGACUCCCCUCACCUCUGCAGAGCUCCCUGAGUAACCCGUCCCUGCAGUCCUCCCUGAGCAAUCCCAACCUCCAGGCCUCCCUGCGCCGCCCCUCCUCCCUGCGCAGCCCCUCGCUCCAGGCCUCCCUCAGCAACCCCUCGCUCCAGUCCUCCCACAGCAGCUCCUCCAUCCCCUCCUCCCUCUCCAACCAGUCCCUGCCUUCCUCGCUGUCCUCCUCGCUCUCCAACCCCUCGCUGCCCACGUCCCCCCGCAGCCAGCCCCUCCAGUCCUCGCCCAGCAACCCCAGCCUGCCCUCGGGGCUGGGCGGCUCCUUCGCGGCCACCUCGCCGCGCCGCCGGGUCCCGCUCAGCCCCCUGUCCCUGCCCGUGGCCGGCGACUGCAGACGGCAGCACCCCAAACAGUUCUCACCAACAAUGUCACCCACAUUGUCCUCCAUCACCCAGGUACGCCUCGCAUCGUCCCGGCCGCAGCGCCGCCGCCUCCUCUUCCUCAGCCUCUUCCUCUUCCUCGGCCUCUUCCUCGUCUCCUUUCCUCCCUGGCCUUUGGGGGGGACCCCCGUGUCCCUCCCAGAUCGGAAGAGCGUCGUGUAG